AAUCAAGAUUUACUGGAUCUUUAAAAAUUAACAUUUAUCAGUGCUUUUUAGUGAAUUAUUCAGUAUUAAAAUGUCAAUUAAUAUAUUCAAGGCAAAGACAGAGUUCAAAUCAGAUGUAAAGUCAAAUGAAUACCGAUUAAUUGGAAAUAAUUACUUUAAAAACAAGCAUUGGUUCCGUUCCUUGCUGUAUUUCAAUAAAUCUAUAGCUUAUGCUCAUUCAAAGAGAGCUUUAGCACUUGGAUAUGGAAAUAGAAGUGCUGUAUACUAUCAUACUAAUUUAUUUGAGGAAUGUUUAGAAAACAUUCAGUUGGCACGUGAUAAUGGAUAUGCAGAGCAGUCAAAAUUAGAUACACGGGAAGCAAACUGUAAGCAAUUUAUGGCAAAACCAAAAGAUGAGAAGUCUGAAAAUCUAUGGGACUUCUUUAAAUUGUCAUAUCCAGCAAAUGAAAAGAUCCCAUGGCUUGUUGACUGUGUUGAAAUGCGUCGUACAAAAAAGUACGGUCGUGGAAUCUACGCUAAGCAAAACUUGAAAGCUGGAGACAUAAUCUGUGUUGAGGAACCACUUCUUCACUAUACAAAGGGCGAAAACGGAUAUUAUCAUUGCUAUAACUGCUUUAAGGCACACAAAAUGAAUUUGAUUCACUGUGAUCACACAGCUUCCAUCAUGUUCUGUUCGACUGCUUGUAAGGAACAUUUCAACUCGAAAGCUAUCGAUGAGAAAGAAAUUGUAAGUGCUGAUGCCAAAAUUUUGUCAGACGUUUCUGAAUUUUUUGGUGGAUAUAAACAGUUUAAUGACUACAUCAAUCGCACAGACUUAAAGAAACUCAACAAGUCCAUAUUUGAUUAUGACUUUAGUGAUCCAACAGAUCCUAGAUAUGAAGAAAAUCGCAUGAAUUGCUUGCUGUCAUUAUGCACAAAUAAACUGCCAAUCGAGAUAUUAAGCAGCAUUGAAAAGUACAUUUCAAAAAAGGCAGUUCAUCAUCUUUUGAGCUUAUUCUGGAUAAAUAGCAAAAACUCUGCUUUAUUCGAUGGAAAGGGUAUUAAGUUCAAUACUGGAUUUUAUGUCUCAUUGUUCACAAGCUUAAUUAAUCAUGCAUGCAUUGGAAAUGCUCAUAUCUUUGUGGUAGAAGGAAAAGUCAUAACAAUGAUUGAAAAACCUGUUAAGGCUGGUGAUCAAAUCUUCGAGUGCUAUCCCGGAUGUGCCUUGAUAUUCAACAGAUCUUUGAAGAAAGAUUUAGAGGAUCAGCACUUGUUUAAUUGUGAUUGUCAUGCUUGCGUCAGAAGUGAAUUUAUGAACAUGGCUGAUUUUAAAACUGGAUUUACUCAAGCCAUGAAAAUUGAUCCGACUCCAAUCUAUCAGCAAAAUUAUAAAGUAAUAAAGAAGACACUGCAGGAAGCACGUGAUGACAUCAAUGAUAAUCCUGAAGAUCAUAAAAUUUUGUCAAAUAGCUUGAUCUAUACUGUUACUUAUAUGGAAGCUAUUGGUUUCCAAUGUAUGUAUCCAUUCUAAUUAAUUUUCUAUCUUAACAACAUCAAUAAAGUGAAGCUAUAACG